GUCGUAAACUCACUCUUCCUCUCCCUACUGUACUCACCCAACCCAUUCUCAUCUCAUUAUCACCAUGUCCCAAGCCGGUCGCCAGGAUUUCACCGACAAGGCCGCGGCGGCGAUGAAGCCCGACAGCCAGAAGACUGCCACCGAGCAGGUCUCUGACUACGCCAAGGGCACGGCCGAUUCGCUCGCAUCGACGGUGCAGCCCAACAGUGAGAAGUCCGGAACGCAGCGCGCGGGCGAUAGUCUGAGCGGCAACUCGAACGAGAACGAGGAUUCUCUUCUCAACAAGGCUAAGAACGCCAUGGGCAUGAACUAAGCGUCGAUUAUCGCGCGGUUGUACGAUAUCGUAGCAGUGUAUUUGUAGCUCCGUGAACGCAAUCCUCUGAAAUUCUUUCCCUCUGGUGUCGCCAAAU